UGUUGCACACGUGGGUGGUAUGGGGUAGGCGAUAGCGCAAUUACCCACUGUCCAACCGCUAGAUUUUGAUUAGGUUUCGGGAUUGAUCCACAGUCCUUUUCUGCGCUCUCCCUUGUGAAACUUUCUUUGCAUCGAAGCAAAGAAAGGGACGGGGGGUGCUUGGAACUCGAGAUCUCCGCUCCAGAAUAGAGGGAGAGAGAGAGAGAGAGAGAGAUGGAUCAGAUACUGAACAAGGUGGGGAGCUACUGGUUCAGCAAGAGGGCCAACAAGGAGAUCUCUUCCGUCGGCGACGACAUCAAUUCACUUUCUAGCAGCAUUGAAGGAGGGGCAAAAUGGUUGGUCAAUAAAAUCAAAGGAAAGAUGCAGAAACCCUUGCCUGAUCUGCUGCGAGAGUAUGAUUUGCCAGCGGGCCUCUUCCCUCGGGAUGCCACCAACUAUGAGUUCAACGAAGAGACAGGGAAGCUUACUGUGUUCAUACCUUCCGUAUGUGAGGUUGGUUACAAGGACUCCUCUGUCUUGCGUUUUUUCACCAGUGUGACUGGAUAUCUAGAGAAGGGGAAGCUGGCGGACAUCGAGGGGAUGAAGACCAAAAUUUUGGUUUGGGCAAAAGUGACUGGCGUCACAACUGAAGGAUCAAAGGUCAAUUUUACCUCCAGCGUGAAGAAAACCAGGAGCCGAGAUGCUUAUGAGGUCCUCAGAGAUGGUAUCAGUGUAGACAAGUUUUAAGUUGCUAUUGAAAUGGCUCUUUGUGGUGAACUACCCAUGUGAGCUAGGAUUUGUGGCUGGGUUAUCUAUGAAAAGUGAAGCUUUUUAACUCACAAAUGUAUGAAACUUAUGAUAUUCACCCUUGCAACCACCUCCAUGUUUCAUAAACUUUGUUGGUUUCUGAUGCUGCCUAUCGUCAGCAGUGGGGAUGAGAUUUGUUGUUGCCUGACUCCA